AUGCAUCGUCCCGCAGGCUGCGCAUUGCAGCGCAUGACGCCGAAGCGCCUGCUGACGCGCUUUCGCAACAAGCUGGUGCUCGUGUUUGGCGACAGCGUCUCGAAGAAUUUCGCCGGAUCCGUCGCGUGCGUGCUGCACGCCGCGUCGCCCGGCACCAUCCAGAAUUUCCGCAUCGCCAACGGCAACACCAAGGCGUACGGCGUCAGGGUCCCUAGUACCAACACUCGUUUCGCGUCAGUGUUCUCCAAUUGGCUGAACCAGGCGAGCGGGCUGGGCGGCAGCAUGAACCGUGUUGACCUUGAUAAGAUCGACCCACAGAUCACCGACCUCCUGCCACUGGCCGACAUUGUCGUUUUUCAGGCCACCAACUGGUGGUUCCCAGCCAUCAACAAGUGGUACUUGGGCGGCAAGGAGCAGUCCUUGUCCAAGGAGGCUGCAUACGAGAUUGGCCUCAAGACUCUGCGUGACUAUGUGGUCAAGUCGGGCUUUAAGGGCCGCGUUGCCCUGGUGGGAGUGUCCCCCUCCCACUACAAGGUCCCCGGGCUGAAGGAGGGGUCUUGCGAGACCAGUAAAAUUCUCACAGCACAGCAGCCGUGGGGGUGCAAGGUGGUGCAGUUGACGCCACAGAGACUCCUCACUCUCUUCCGCAACAAGACGGUCGUGGUGUUCGGCGACAGCGUCUCUAAGGACCUCUCCACGUCGCUGCGCUGCAUGCUGCACGCCGCCAGCCCCAACUUCUCGCGAUUCAAGCUCGCAGGAGGGGCGACGAGAGUGUGGGGCGAGAAGGUGAGCGACAGAGAGGAAACAAAAAUGUCGCUCUUCUCCUCGCAUCUCAACCACAUUGGGUUCAUCCCCGAUGCAUCCCAACCUCCGUCCCUUAUCAUCUCCUUCAUCUCCCUCUCUCCCGGUUCACGUCCCCAUCUCACUACCCUCCUCACUCGCCCAUAUCUCUCUUCUCACUCCCACAUCUCACAUGUUCAGGUGGAACCCCAAAACAUCCGCAUAGUGUCGCUCUUCUCCUCGCAUCUCAACGACAUUGGGUUCAUCCCCGACGCAUCCCAACCUCCUUCUGCCGCUGCUGCUGCUGCCGGUGUUGGCGGUGCGACUAACUGGUGGUACGCGGAAGACAACCAGUGGUUCCUAGGCGGCAGGCAGCAGAAAAUAACGCGAGACGCAGCCUAUGCGAUCGGGCUGGCGACUCUAAGAGACCAUGUGGCGCGGUCGGGCUUUAAGGGGAAGGCGGUGGUGAUGGGCGUGUCUCCUUCGCACUAUAUCGUCCCGGUGGCUGGGAUGAAGAAGGGGAAAUGCGACAUUAACACGCGUCUUGACUGGAACCAGACCAAGGAAGUGAGGAGGAUGGACAGCCGGUCAUUUGAAAUGCGGAAGGUGCAGCUGCAGGUGCUGAAAGGGUCACGGCUGCGAUACGUGGACGUGUUACCAAUGAGCUUCUGGCGGCCAGAUGGGCAUGUGGUAACACUGGAAAGCAAGAUUGUCUGCACUGGUGUGAAGCUGGUGUAA